AUGAGACCGACGCUGGCUGCCCUAUUCCAUGAGUCUCCUAUAAGUCUCUUAACAAGACCCUGGAAAAAAAACCGCGAUGGAACACUAUUUUAUGGUGUCUCCAAGUCUGGUAACAGACGUACUGCUUUAACAACAAAACAAGGUAACAAGACUUUGUACAAGGGAACACGGUCGUCUGGUAUUGGUAGACACACAAGGUAUGGUGGUUAUACCAUCAGAUGGGCGAAAGUGCGCACUUUUGUAACUCCCAAGAACUUCAACACAGAACUCAAACCUCUGGUGAGCCACAACGUUCCAGAGCUAAAGCACAGCUUCCAAGGUUUUCAGAAAGGCGCCCUAGACACGCAACUUUACUUUCAAAAACUGCGGGUUUACGUUAAGAACGGCAAAGUCCAGAGCGAAGCCGCAGACGUAAAGUGUUAUGUUGAAAGGGGAUAA